AAUGUCCGGCUCGACGUCACCGUAUGGACUACAACCGCUGUGUCUCCGUCUGACCAUGGUCUGACCCGCACAUGAAGGACGGCGACCCGGCUGACGCCCGCAAUGCUGGUCUUUGUUCGUUUUAACUCGGGUCCGGGCGUGGCGGUGGAGGUGGACGCGGGCUCCAGUGUGGGCGAGCUGAAGGCGCUGGUGGCCCAGCAGCAGGGGCUCCCUGCUGCUGGGCCUCUGAGGCUGCUCUUCGCUGGCCGCGAGCUCCAGGACGGGGACACCCUGCAGGCCUCUGACCUACCGGAACAGAGCACCGUCCACGUGGUGCUGCCACGCCCACACGCUGGGCUCCGCCUCCAGGAGAAGGGGGCGGGACAGAGACUGACCAGGCUGGACCUCCACGCCGACCGCUCUGGCCUGGCCGUCGCCUUGGAAACCAGCCCUGCCAGUCCCAGCCCGGCGGAGGACGGAGAGGAGGGGGGAGGAGCAGAAUGCCAGACCAAUGGUUACAGGACGUUCUACGUGUUCUGUAAGAGCGUGUGUGGCGCCGUCCGACCGGGCAAGCUGCGGGUUCGCUGUGGAGCGUGUAGACAGAGCACUCUGACGCUCAGCCGGGGUCCAUCAUGCUGGGAUGACGUGCUGCUCCCAGGCCGUAUCCAUGGCGUCUGUCAGUCGGAGGGCUGCCCCGGCACCGUGGCGGAGUUCUACCUGAAGUGUGCUCUUCAUCCUACGGCUGAGGAAGACGUGUCAGUGGCUCUGCCCCUCUUCAUCACCAACCACAGGGAGGUGGCCUGCAUCGCCUGCACCGACGUGCUGUGUCCGGUCCUGGUGUUCCAGUGUGCUGACCGUCAUGUCAUCUGUCUGGAGUGUUUCCGUGGUUACUGCCUCACCAGACUCAACGACAGACAGUUCAUCCACCAUCCCUUGAUUGGCUACUCACUGCCAUGUGCAGCUGGGUGUCCAGACUCUCUUAUUAAGGAGCUUCAUCAUUUCAGAGUCCUCGGGAAUGAGCAGUAUAUGCGUUACCAUGGAUACGGAGCAGAGGAGUGUCUGCUGCAGAUGGGCGGGGUCUUGUGUCCGAGGGCAGGCUGUGGGGCGGGGCUUAUCCCUCAAGCCCCGUCCACCCAGAGAGUGGAGUGCGAGAAGAUCAACGGCCUGGGCUGUGGGCUUGUGUUCUGUCGGGACUGUAAGGAAGAGUACCAUGAAGGGGAGUGUCAUAUGGCAGCUUCCUGCUCUGGGGACGCAGCUACGCAGUGUUUUGUGGUGGACGAGGGCGCCCUCCAGAGGAGCCGGUGGGAACUGGCGUCUCGCGACACCAUCAGAGAGACCACCAAACCCUGUCCUCAGUGCGGAGUCCCAGUGGAGAAGAACGGAGGUUGUAUGCACAUGGUGUGUCCGAGGAAGCAGUGUUCCAGUGAGUGGUGCUGGAUCUGCUCUGUGCCCUGGAACAGAGACUGCAUGGCCAACCAUUGGUUUGGAUGAAACAUUAGGACACGCCCACAGUCAACAAUCUCUCAGGAGAGAAGACACGCCCCCAACGAUGAUUAGACACGCCUUCAGCUGGGAAAGGACAUAUCUUCAACAGGGACAGGACACGCCUCAAAUUGUGAUAAGACACGCCUCCAACACUGACAGGACACGCCUCAAAUACUGACAGGACACGCCUCCAACAGUGACAGGACACACCUCCAACACUGACAGUACACACCUCCACGGACCUGGGUUCCAGGGUCCUGUUCCAGGGUCCUAGGUUCAAGGAUCCUGGGUUCCAGGCUGUGUUCCAGGGUCUACCGGGGUCCUGGGUUCCAGGCUGUGUUCCAGGGUCCUGUUCCAGGGUCUACCAGGGGUUU